GACUUUUAACUAAAGUUGAACUGUUCAAUAUAAACAUUUUUCCUACAAAUGGAAAAGGGAGUGAAAGUAAAGAAAAAGGGUUUAUGAGAAAUGUUGCUACGUAGCUUCUAAACCUGACAAGAAUUCCUGCUACCAAUUCCUCCGCAUUUUCCGGCUUAAUUUCCGCCUCGGCGUGGCCAUGAACUCCGGCGAGGAGCCCCCGAAAACCCUAACAUCGUCGACGACGAGGUCUCUUGCUUUUUUUGAAUAAACUCUAUGUUAAACUGCUGAGAGAAUCAUUUCAUGAAUCAGGAGAAAGGGCAAUGUUUGGAAUGAGAAUAUAAAUGUGCUGUUGGGAGUUUUCUUUUUGUGUGUGUGUGUGUGUGUGUGUGUGUGUGUGUGUGUGCAGUUUUACUUAUCUGAUGAUUGGCGCUUUUUGAUUGCUGAGAAAAUUGUUUCUCAAUUAAUCGUCUAUGUGAGAACUGCUUUGAGGCUUGAGCAGAUGUACUUUUGUUGUUGAAUGGACGGUUGUUGUGUUGACAUCUCUCUUCUUGUACAAGUAGUUAAUGCUGGUAUUUUCGAUCGUAGUGGAUGUUAUGUUAGAUUUCUUGUUGGAGUACUGAUUACCGGAUAUAAUCAGCACAUGUAAUGCCUUAGAUACUCUUUUUGGUUUUAUUCCCGGCAGCUGAUUGAUUAUUCACUUCGAAGCGUUGCAUGGGUAGUUCAGAGCAUUGAAUGUCGAUAAAUGGCGGGAAGUUUGCUUGCUAAUUGCAUUUUGUCUAAGAUCUGAAAAGUUCUUGACUGAUCUUGAGGAGGAGAAAGGUGUAGGUAAGCUGGUGCUUCUGUUUGUGUCUUUGUGAGGAUGCAUCAAGUACAGAAUUCAUCUCUUUUGCCAUUGCACUCGGGCUUGUAGUUGUAGGUUCUUCUCUUUUCUUACUUCAAUAUCCCGAAACUUUUGAAACGAGUAGGACAGACUUGCUUAAGAUACUAGAUAUGACAGUCCUGAGUGGAUCAAUACAGAAACUAAUAAAUUUCCUCCUGCUUUUGAUGUUGUCCUCAUAUAAAGAAAGAAAUGGGAGCAGCUUUCUGCAGUGUACAAACGCUCUUGCAGAUAAAUGCACUGAGAUGUGCAUGUGAGGCACAAGUGUGCAGCAUGUUUCAAGCAGUAAAGGAGCAUCUUAUUGCGCAUAUGAAAACCUCUUAUCAUUCUGUUCACCAACCUAAAUGCGGUGUAUGUCAGAAACAUUGCAAAUCCUUUGAAUCACUAAGGGAGCACACAACCGUAAAUUGUUCGAAGAUUUUUGCUGAAAGAGGUUGCAAGCUUUGUUUGCGAAUUUUUGACAGCCCAGUUUCUCUCAGAGAACACCAGAGCAUAUGUUACCUACCUGCCCCUGCUCUACUUGUGAGUUUGGACUUAGUUCUACUUUUACACCGACGUGAGCUAAUGGGAUGUCUGCUUACUGUGUACACAAUAACAACUAGUUAUUAUUAUGUGAAACUGCCUCCUCAUGGUACUUGCGUACUUAGUUCAACAUUUUACCUUGUUAUACAGGGAACAAUCAAGAUGCCUUGCCCAGAAUCACAGAUUUACGAUCCUCCAGUAGACCUUGAAAAUGAUAUUGGGAAUCAUCCUGAGGCUGUUUCAAUGGACUGUGAAAUGGUUGGUGGUGGAAGUGAUGGAUCACUUGAUCUCUGUGCAAGGGUAUGCCUCGUUGAUGAGGAUGAGAAACUGAUUUUCUACACUUACGUACUACCUCAAAUUCCUGUUACCAAUUAUAGGUAUGAGGUCACUGGUAUCACGGAGGACCAUCUGAGAGAUGCCAUGCCACUCAAGGAAGUGCAGGACAAAAUUCUGCAGAUUCUAUAUAAUGGAGAGUCAAUUGGGAGAUUACGCUUGAAUGGUGGACGAGCUAGAGUUCUUCUUGGUCAUGGCCUUGAGCAUGAUCUAGAUUGCCUAAAAAUGAAUUAUCCUGAUCAUUUGCUGAGGGAUACAGCGAAGUACCCUCCUCUAAUGAAGACGAAUCUGGUGAGCCACUCGCUCAAAUACCUAAUCAAGACCUAUCUUGGGUAUAAUAUCCAGACAGGGAUGCACGAUCCAUAUGAAGAUUGCGUAUCCGUAAUGAGGUUGUAUAAGAGAAUACGGUCCCAAAAACACCAAUCCAAAGGAAUGGAAUUCACAUUAGCUGCUCGGAGUACCCGAAGCCUGACGAGUGGUCAUGAUUCAUGGAACUACAGGGAAAUUGAGAAUAUGACCCCAGAGGAGCUUUUCAAUAUCUCAAAAUCUAAUUACAGGUGCUGGUGUUUUGAUUCACGGCAAGCAUUGUAGAUGCAUGGAUCUCUAUCUAAUAAUGAUAUCUUGAUUCAAUUGUUUGCUUGCAUAUGGACAUGAUUUUGCACCCCAAAAGUUUUGUUUGGACCCUAUGUUUUUUGAAUUUUUGAAUGGAUUGGCAUGAUGUAUAGGAAAAGACACUGCUGCCAGGGACUUUUACAUAUAUUAUUGCACAUAGAUAUUAUUUUUUUCA